AUGAAGUCGCCACCGUGUAAGCAGAUGAGUCAUAAGAGAAGGGGCCUAGUGAUAUAUCAGGAUCAGAAACGGCAACAGCAACAACAACACCCCUCGGGGCAGUCUCUAAGCUCGAUAUCCUGGUCUCCAACCAGGCGUCUUCAUCACCCUUUAAAACAACAGAGUACCAACAGUUUCACGGAAAUAUUAUCGAAGUCAACUGUGCAACAAGAUGUGCAACAAGGCGAUAGUCAUAUGCCCAUCUCAUCGCUAGUUCUCAAACAAGAACAACAUAAACAAGAGCAGCAGCGCCGAAACAUGCAAUCACAAAACUCGGGACCUCCUCUGCGAAGGCUUGUCCAGGAGUCGCAGUGGACAAGCUCCACAAGUCAGAAAUCCCUAAGAAAACAGGAAAAGCAACCACAAUCAUUCUACAGUACUGAAUCUAAGCUAGUUUCACAACUGCAUAGCUCUGUAAAGGACUUGGAUGCCAUAAUCCAGACGCAUAAACCAAAAUUUGACACAAUAAUUCAUGAUUUCUCUCAUACAACCAUAUUGUCUUCAAACGAGCUGCUCAUCAAACUCCCGGAGGAUGAAACAAUAAUACUACAUAGCAGAGCACCGAAAAUCAAUGCAGAAUGGCUACACAAUAAGGUUAGCAACCCUGGCGCCUCGUUAGUGAUUGAUUCAAGAUCUUUUCUAAACCUGUGUAACAAUAUAAAGUGGUACUUACAUUGGAAAUUUAUAUGA